UGCCGCCCCGCCCCUUGUCCCCCCGCCCCAGGAAGCCAAGAUCGGGCCCCCCCUGCCCCCCGUCCCCUCCCAUGGGCCAAGGCCCCCGGGGCAGUUCGGGGCCUCGGGCGGGUUGGACCCGGGUGUGCGGCGGGGGGCGGCCUAGAGGACCCCUGCGUCCGCCCCCAGCCCCACCGCGCCCCUGCAGACACCCCGCGGCCGGGCCCUGCACCCAGCUCCACCGGCUGGCAGGGGCGCCCUCUGCCCCCCCCGCCACCCCCGGCCCAGUGAUCCCCCCGGUCCUGCUGCCCCCCACCCCAGUGCCCCCCCUGCCAUGCCCCGUGCCCCCUGCCCCAGUGCUGCCCCCCCACCGCUCAGUGCCCCCUGCCCCAGUGUCUGCUCCACCUGGUGCCCACUUUCCCAGUGCCUCCAGCCCCAGUGCCGCCCCGCUCACCCGCUGCUCCCUGCCUGCCCCAGUGCCCCCCCCUCCCCUGCCCUGCCCAGUGCCCUCACCCGCUGCCCCCUGUCCCAGUGCCCCCCCACCCACUGCCUCCAGCCCAGUGCCCCCCCCGCCCUGCCCAGUGCGCUCUGCCUCAGUGUCCCCUACCCCAUGCCCUGUGCCCCAGUGCCCCCGCCCACUGUCCCAGUGCCCCCCCACUGCCCCCUGCCCACCCCAGUGACCCUCCCCCACCCUGCCUAGUGCCCCUGCCCCAGUGCCCCCCCCACCCGCUGUCUCCUGUCCCGAUGCCCCCUGCCCCAGUGCCGCCCCGUCCACGCGCCUCUGGGUGAAAGGAGCUGGGCAGGAACCCAGCCCUCUGGGCCCCCCCGGGGUGGGGCCAGGCACUGGGGCUACUUAUAGCCAGCGGGCGCGGGGCCGGGCAGAGCCGUGCGAUGCCAACACCGACGGUGAGCAAGGCUGGGGCCGGGGGGUCCCAGGCACUGCCCCUCCUUCUAACCACCCUGUCUCUCCCGCAGGCCCCCCCGGGCACGGAGGCGCGGGCGCUGCUGGUGGCGCUGGCGGCGCUAGCCGAGGACAAUGCUGCCUUCUUUGGGCGCAGUGCCACAGCGGCCGGGCGGCGCGUGGGCGCAGCCUGCGUGGCGCUAGGGGAGCAGGCGCAGGCACUGGGGCCAGCACUGGCACCACUAGGCCGGGCCAUGGCCUCCUUUGACCUGGACGCAGCAACACCAGGCAAUGGCUACCGCAGCCUGGCACAGGCCGUGGCUGCCUGCGCCGCCCAUGCCGUACACAAGAGCCGCUACGUGGCGGCGCAUCGCCGCAGUCCUUUCUUCCGCGCCGGCCACAAUGCCGCCGAGCUGGAGGCCUACGGCGCUGCCCUCACCCAGCUGCGUGCCCUGCUCUACUUGGCCCAGCGCCUGCUGGCCCAGCACCCGCCUGGCUGCCUCUUCCCCGAGCUGCCCAGUGCCGAGACCCCCGCCACCACCACUGCCAAUGGUGCUAGCGCCGGCCCUGGGCUGACCGAACUUAUGCUGCGUGAGUACAGCACCAUGCACAAGGGCUGCUUCUAUGGGCGCUGCCUCGGCUUUCAGUUUACCCCGUCCAUCCGGCCCUUCCUGCAGACCAUCGCCAUCAGCCUGGUCUCCUUUGGGGAGAACUAUCGCCCCGACGACCUGGGGCUUGGGGUGGCGGCGGGGUCGCUGCUGACCAGUGGGAAGUUCGCGGUGGACCCGGAGCUGCGCGGCGCUGAGUUUGAGCGCAUCACGCAGAACCUGGACGUGCAUUUCUGGAAAAGCUUCUGGAACCUGACAGAGACGCAGCUGCUGGCAUCGGUGGCCGGCCUGGCGUCCAGCCCUGUGCGCGUGAGCCGGGCACUAACGGUGCCACCGGAGCCACUGGAGCUGCCACUGGCGGCCGACCCCACACGGUGCAUCACCAUCACCCCCCCUGUGGCGCACACGGGGCCAGGGCCUGUGCACCUGCGGCUACUCUCUGCUGAGCUGCGCGAGGGGCAGGACAGUAAGGCAUUGCUGGCACUGGCGGGGCCAGAGGGGGCAGCAGGGCUGGGCCUGGGCCUGGGGCUGGGGCUGGGGCUGGAGCGGUGGCGCCGUGGGCGCCCGGCCCCACGCUCGCCCGCACUGCUGCUGCACUUCCACGGCGGCGGGUUCGUGGCACAGACGUCACGCUCGCAUGAGCCCUACCUGCGCAGCUGGGCCCAUGCACUUGGUGCUCCUGUGCUGUCCGUGGACUACGCACUAGCACCUGAGGCGCCGUUCCCGCGCGCGCUGGAAGAGUGCUUCUAUGCCUACUGCUGGGCGCUGCGCCAUGCCGCCCUGCUCGGCUGGACAGGGCAGCGUGUAUGCCUGGCGGGUGACAGCGCGGGCGGCAACCUGUGUCUGGCGGUGGCGCUGCGCGCAGCAGCAGCAGGUGUGCGGGCGCCAGAUGCGGUGCUGGCCGCCUACCCCGUGACGCUGGUGCAGGCGGCGCCCUCACCCUCGCGCCUCCUGGCGCUGCUGGACCCGCUGCUGCCCCUGGGCGUGCUGUGCCAGUGCCUCAGCGCCUAUGCAGGGACAGUGCCAGCACGGUGCCCCCCCCCAGGCAGGGCUGCAGAGGGGGCAGUGGCACUGGGGGGGGCACCAGGGGCCCCCCCGGAGCGGGCAUUGCUGCUGCGUGCCUCAGCCUGGCUGGGGGCACUGCUGGAGGGUGCCGGGCGCCGCCAUGGGUCUACCGCCACCCCGCCAGGCGAUGCUACCCCGGCCUGGCACCAGCUGCUGCUCCUGCCAGCUGCCCGCCUGCUGGGGGGCCGCGGGCCCCCGGCCCCCGCUGGUGCAGCGCAGCCGAGUGCAUCAGAGUCAGUGCCAGAGGUCCCACCAGCGGGACCCCGAUCCACAGGCCGCAGCCACACAUACCAGGACCCAGGCCCACCCCCUGGCAGUGACCCCCCUGGCACUGCGAGCAUGGGGGCACUGGAGUACCCUGAUGGGUUUGAGCCGCUGCGCUCCCGCUACCCUGCAGCACCGGUACCGCUGGAUCUGUCACCCUUGGGGCGCAACCCCUACAUGUCGCCGUUGCUGGCGCCCGACAGCAUGCUGUGCACGCUGCCCCCACUGCACAUCGUGGCCUGUGCGCUGGACCCGAUGCUGGACGACGCGGUGAUGCUGGCGCGCCGGCUGCGGGCACUGGGCCGCCCCGUGACGCUGCGCGUGGUGCCCGACUUGCCUCAUGGCUUCCUGAGCCUGUCGCAGCUGUGCCGCGAGACGCGCGAGGCCACCGCGCUCUGCACCCGCAUCCUGCAGGACAUGCUGGCGCCCCCCCCCGCGCCCGGCAGCCCCCCCGUGGGGCCCACUGCCCCCCGCCGGCACCGCGCGCGGCGCCGCGCCUCCACGCCCGGCGCCCCACCCGCGCCGGGGGCUGCGCCGCGCCGUGCCUCUGCGCCCGCUGUGUCCCACCCCCGCGAGCCCAAGCCCGCCCCCCCGACGCCCCCCCCAGCCACGCCACAGGGCGAGGGGCGGGGCAAGCGGGUGGGGGCCCGAUCCUGACCCAGGGGUCCGCCCCUGGUCUCUGCACUAAGGGGGGGGGUCCCUUGGCCUUCCCCCCACCCCCACAUGGGGUCUGCACUGCCUACCCCCCGCCAGGGGGGCCUUUUGUAGCCCAUUAACCCUUCCCUGCCCGCCCCCCUGCCUUUCAUGCUGCUGCUGCUGUGACCAAAUAGGGGGGCCCGAUCCUGAGUGCGUGUGUGCGUGGGGGGGCAGCCCCCCCUCGGUUUGAUUAAUAAACCUGUUUGAUACUA